GCUAACGUUUCCAAACGUGAUGGUUCUCAACGUAAAGGUUGCAGAUGACACAUUUGUCCAACUUCAAGAAAAUGUGGAUUCUAGCGGCUUGUGUUGGCAGCGUGUGACUCAUAGAUCAUCUUGAAGACUCUUCUUUAAACUACACAUGAGUCUCAGCGGAGGUCUACUGAUUACUAUUCUAUUGAACUAUUUUCCCGUGAAGCUGAGGAGUGAUCGACUAAUGAGGUCCACAAGCGGCAGUGACACAAGUUCGAUGCGAUCGGCUCUGGGCCCUGCCGUGAGUUGUCGGUGCGGGCGACAGCGCUGCUGAACAUGGCGUCGGACGGGAUGCUUUUAACGAACCACGACCAUCAAAUUCGGGUCGGAGUCUUGACAGUGAGUGACAGCUGCUACCGAAACCUGGCAGAGGACCGUAGUGGCGUCAACCUGAAAGAUCUCGUCCAUGAUCCAUCCUUGUUGGGUGGUAUGAUUGUGGCAUACAAAAUAGUGCCGGAUGAAAUAGAUGAAAUCAAGGAGACUUUGGUGGACUGGUGCGAUGAAAAGGAGCUUAACCUCAUUUUAACCACCGGAGGUACCGGCUUUGCUCCGAGAGACGUCACACCGGAGGCCACUAAGGAGGUGAUCGAGCGUGAGGCUCCGGGGAUGUCGCUGGCGAUGUUGAUGGGCUCUCUCAACGUCACACCGCUCGGCAUGCUCUCCAGACCUGUGUGCGGAAUCCGAGGGAAGACACUCAUUAUAAACUUACCAGGAAGCAAGAAAGGCUCCCAGGAAUGCUUUCAGUUCAUCCUGCCAGCGCUGCCACACGCCAUCGACCUCUUGCGUGACGCCGUGGUGAAGGUUAAGGAGGCGGCGGACGAGCUGGAGGACUUGCCCUCGCCGCCGCCGCCUCUCUCGCCGCCGCCCAACAGUUCGCCACGGCGUCAGACGGAGGACAAGGGCGUGCAGUGCGAGGAUGAUGAUGAAGAGAAGAAAGACAGCGGCGUGGCGUCCACCGAGGACAGCUCCUCCUCCCACAUCACCGCAGCAUCCAUCGCCGCCAAGAUCCCAGACUCCAUCAUCUCACGGGGCGUGCAGGUGUUGCCCAGAGACACAGCCUCCCUCAGCACCACGCCCUCGGAGUCGCCCCGCGCCCAGGCCACGUCACGCCUCUCGACCGCUUCCUGUCCCACACCCAAAGCGCGGCUCCCCUCCUGUUCAUCCACCCUAAGCAUUGCUGAGGCCUCACGGAGAGAAUUCAGGGCUCACCUGGAUGAGGUCAUCACGCUCAAGUCAAGGUACUCUACCUUGGACCAGCUCCAGUGUAGGUUGGAGGGGCUUAAAGAUGAUCGCAGGAGGACCUUCAGCUCUCGAGUGCAGUCGCGAUGCAGCAGCAAAGAGAAUAUCCUAAGAUCAAGUCACAGUGCUGUAGACAUUACCAAGGUGGCCCGGAGACAUCGCAUGUCCCCUUUCCCCCUCACUUCCAUGGACAAGGCCUUCAUCACUGUGCUGGAGAUGACCGCCGUCCUUGGCACUGAGAUCAUCAAUUACAGAGACGGGAUGGGUCGAGUCCUAGCUCAGGACAUUUAUGCCAAAGACAACCUGCCACCCUUCCCUGCCUCUGUCAAGGAUGGCUAUGCUGUGAGAGCCGCGGACGGCCCGGGCGACCGCUUCAUCAUCGGGGAGUCCCAAGCAGGCGAGCAGCCCACCCACACCGUGAUGCCUGGCCAGGUGAUGAGGGUGACAACCGGCGCUCCCAUCCCCUGCGGGGCCGACGCCGUCGUUCAGGUGGAAGACACCGAGCUCCUCCGCGAGUCCGAAGAUGGCACAGAGGAGCUGGAAGUACGAAUUCUGGUCCAGGCUCGGCCAGGCCAGGACAUCAGGCCUAUCGGUCAUGACAUCAAGCGUGGCGAGUGUGUGCUGGCCAAGGGCACCCACAUGGGCCCCUCUGAGAUCGGCCUCCUGGCCACCGUGGGAGUCACAGAGGUGGAGGUUCAGAAGUUCCCUGUGGUGGCCGUCAUGUCCACAGGAAAUGAGCUACUGAACCCAGAGGAUGACCUCCAUCCUGGGAAGAUCAGGGACAGCAAUCGCUCCACCCUGCUGGCCACCAUCCAGGAACAUGGCUACCCAACCAUCAAUCUGGGCAUUGUGGGAGACAACCCCGAUGACCUUCUCAAUGCUUUGAAUGAAGGCAUCAGCCGUGCUGAUGUCAUCAUCACCUCAGGCGGAGUAUCCAUGGGAGAGAAGGACUACCUUAAGCAGGUGCUGGAUAUAGAUCUUCAUGCUCAGAUCCAUUUUGGUCGGGUCUUCAUGAAACCAGGGCUCCCAACCACAUUUGCCACGUUGGAUAUCGACGGUGCUCGCAAACUCAUCUUUGCCCUCCCAGGAAACCCCGUAUCCGCUGUCGUCACCUGUAAUCUUUUUGUCAUCCCUGCCUUGAGGAAGAUGCAGGGUAUUUUGGACCCAAGGCCGACUAUCAUCAAAGCGAGGUUAUCUUGUGAUGUGAAAUUGGAUCCUCGCCCCGAAUACCACCGCUGCAUCCUGACGUGGCAUCACCAGGAGCCUUUGCCGUGGGCACAGAGCACAGGGAACCAGGUAAGCAGCAGACUGAUGAGCAUGCGCAGUGCCAACGGGCUCCUGAUGCUACCUCCCAAAACCGAGCAAUACGUGGAGCUGCACAAAGGCGAAGUGGUGGACGUCAUGGUCAUCGGCCGGCUAUGAUGUCGUGGCG